UUGCCAUGCAGGGAUUGAAGAUUGCAAUACAGCAGCAGUGCACUUGAGGCUACACUAGGGGCGGAGUUUGACCUCUCAAGUCUCAAAACAUCACUAAUCCGCGUCGGACAUUCUGGUACAGGCCAUCAUCGGCCCCGUUUUACAAAAAAACAAAAGGCGGGGGGACUAAUUCCAGUGAAAUAACACUGUCCUGCGUUGAGUGCGCUAUCAAGCAGGGAAGCAGGGGCUCGGGCUGCCGCUCGUGUGCGUGUCGGAGGGGUUGGGAAUGCUGCACAGAGAGUGCGUUACGUGGACCUAUCUGCAGUCAUUUCUGGGCAGUUUUAUUUGCAGGAUUCACCGACCAAUCGUGGAUUGUUUUGGAUUUUUUUUUUUUUUUUGCGUUGACAGCUGGACCGCUCUGCGCCUUCAGCGGAGAGGGGAGACAACUAUCCGAUAUCCGACUUCUCUUUAAGACUUUGUCCAGUAGCAUUCAAUGUUGGGCAGCACAUGGCUGAGGCUGCCUUGUGGCUGACAAUGCUUUCCACAAACCGCUCAGGAGGUGCGUGGGGAUGAAAUGGUUGGAGCCCAUGGCCAGACCAACUCACUAUCUCCCUCAUCCCAACAUGUCCAACUGCAGCAAGUCUCCCCCCAACUCUGGAGAAGCUGCAGGCAAUAAUUCCAUGGCAUGGGUGAAGAUGUUCAAAAAACCUGGAGGAGGCCUGAAGAAAUCCUACCAGCCUGGGAGCAUGCUGUCCCUCGCACUCACCAAAGGCCUGCUGAAUGAGCCCGGCCAGAAUAGCUGCUUCUUAAACAGCGCUGUUCAGGUGCUUUGGCAGCUGGACAUUUUCAGGAGAAGUCUGAGGCAGCUCUCAGGUCACUUUUGUCUCGGUGAUGCCUGCAUUUUUUGCGCUUUAAAGAGUAUAUUCAGCCAGUUUCAGCAGAGCAGAGAGCGGGUGCUUCCCUCCGACAGCUUGCGUAACGCCCUUGCUGAAACUUUUAAGGAUGAGCAACGCUUCCAGCUUGGGCUGAUGGAUGAUGCUGCUGAGUGCUUUGAGAACAUCUUGGAGCGAAUUCAUUUACACAUAGUUUCAGACACGGCGACUGAUUCAUGCUCAUCCAAAUCCUGCAUCACCCAUCAGAAGUUUGCAAUGAUGCUUUAUGAGCAAUUCGUGUGUCGCUGUUGUGGUGCAUCUUCAGACCCACACCCAUUCACAGAAUUAGUACAUUAUGUCUCCACUACUGCUUUAUGCCAACAGGUUGAUCGCAUGUUGGGGAAGAGCGAGCGGCUAAGGUCAGACAUGUUUGGAGAGUUGCUGCAGGCAGCAAACAACACAGGUGACCUCCGAAGCUGCCCGAGUAACUGUGGUCAGAGCAUCAAGAUCCGUCGCGUCCUAAUGAACUGUCCAGAGAUUGUGACGAUUGGAUUUGUAUGGGACGCCGAGCAGUCUGAUCUUACAGAUGAUGUUAUUAAGUCCCUUAGCCCCCGUUUGAACCUGUGUGGGCUUUUCAACCGAGUCACUGAUGAAAAUGCUAAACGGAGUGAGCUACAUCUGGUGGGGAUGAUCUGUUUUGCGAGUAAACAUUACUCAGCUUUUGCCUAUCACACCAAAUCUUCAAAGUGGAUGUUUUUCGACGAUGCUACUGUGAAAGAGAUUGGGUCCAAAUGGAAAGAUGUUGCUUCUAAAUGUAUUAGAGGACAUUUCCAGCCGCUUCUUUUAUUUUACACCAACCCCGAGGGCAGUCCUGUAUCUAAUGAAGAUGCACCAAGGCAGACCACCAUGUGUCCCCGCUACAAAGCCCAAGUAAACGGUGACAUGAACGUAAAACAUCCUCUUGGCAGUCCUAACAAAUUUCAGGAAACUUUCAUGGAGAAUUUGCAGAGGCCAGGUGAAACAUCAAAAAAAGACAGAGGUCAUCGAAGAACUGAACCAUCACAAAACAAAGAUAUGACGCAUGCAAGACCUUCAUCUCCACCAGAGAAUGGUCCAGGGCCUCCUGUGGAAAAAUCAAAAAGCUAUCCACGUAAUGAGAAGCCGUCAAACCAUUCAAGCAGAGGAUCUCAGGAGCCACAUGGACAGUCCUUUGGUGCACAGAGUGGUGGACAUAGUCGGAAAACUAAUAAUUUCCCAGGUCACAAUGACCAGGAUGGCACCCAUGACCAAUGGGAAAAAGGUGGGAGUGGAGGAAGUCGCAAUAAGUCUAAGUGUACUUGGAGACCUAUUCGGGAGGUGUUAAAUGUGGACACGGUAUUGAAUGAACUAGAGCAGCGGCGUCAGCAGCAACAUGACAGCCCGCGGUGUAGUAAGCCUCCAUCACACGAGAGGGUGCACCCAGAACAAAACCGAGAUCGCGAGCGGGAAUAUGUCCGAACCAGAGAGGAUCGGAAACAGAAAUGUUUAAUGACAAUUUAUGAGGACGAGCAGCGGCUUGAGACUGAGAGCCACAGCUCUGUAGAGUCAGAAAGCCGAGCAAAUUACCAGAGGGGCAGCAAACUAAAGGGGGGCCCAAAGACUCUUCUACGUAGUGAUACCUGGACCAUUCAAAGGACAGAGUCUGGCUAUGAGAGCAGUGAUAGACUCAGCAGUGGCUCCACCAAUCCUGAUUCUCCUGGGGUCGAUGGCUUUGCUGUUAAAGACCAGAGAUCAACAGCGGAGGUACCGCUGCAAAGCCAGCAGCACCAAAAAGGAGGCGAUGCAAAAUCUAGUAUAAUGUCCUCACCUCCACACAAUGGCAAACAUCAACCCAAACCUCAGGGAAAGAACCAUGAUCAAGUUUCACAUUCACAUCAAAAGAGCAGUCCAUGUUCGAGACGGAAAUCAAAGUACACGUCUAGUACCGCCAGAAAAGCAGGGUCUUCUGAGAGGAUCUCGUCUGGCUCGGACAGCAGGCAGAGUGAGCAGCAGGAGAUGACAAACUGUAGAGGGCACACUGGAGAAAGUACAAACCUGAGGCACAUUACAAAAACCAGCAGCUCAGAAUGGAACAGCUCUGAUGAUCUUGCUCUCUCUGAGCCAGAGGAUAGAGAAAGCACUUACCUCUCCAGUAACAGCGAGGCCACAGCCUCUGAUUCUCAGUGUCCACAUAUAAGCCUGCCAUACCACCCUCCCAGCAAUGUGACGGCAGAACCUCUUCAACUGAACAGCCAGCGUCAGCUUGGUACAACAGGGUUGCCUCACCUUCGACCCAGCCAACGGACUCCUCACCAAGGGGAAACAGGCCACCCAGUGUUUCGUCCCAGGAUGCUCCAAGAACCUUUUCCAUCAAGUCCUCGUCUUUCGUCUACAUCUUACGUCAGUCCUCACAGAAAGCCCGACAUGUCGGGCCUCCGAACCUUCUCAGAUGCAAGCUCCAAGUCAGGGUCUGACCCAGAAAGGAGUACCCCAUCAUCGUGUGAAAGCGAGGAAAGAGCAGCUGGAUGCAGGAUGGAACAGGCAGUGCCUGCUCAAGAGGUUUCUCUGACAACAUACUUCAAUGUGGAUAACUGCAUGACGGAAACAUACCGUCUCAAGUACCACAACCAGAGGCCUCUUGUCCUCUCUGCCACGGUGCCACGGACAACGGUUGCAAGUGAGCGGAGAGAUAACAGUGAUACACAUUCACAAGAUGUGCCAAAAGCCAGACCGGAAACAAGUAAGCCUCCAAACAAAACCAGCCAUAAUAGCAAUAAACCCACUGCAAAAUGGAACCCAGUGACAGCCAAAGGACUGGAUGAACGUGGUUUUUUAUGAGUGUAACUUGGUAAGUUUUGUUUACAUGGAUGGGCAGUAUUAACUGGAUGCCAAAGAGUUUACAGAAUGGAAAUAUGUCAGGAAGCCACGGCACCUCCAAACCGAGACGAACUUAUUUAUGCAAGCCUGUCACAUAAAUAAAACCUAUUUCUAAAUGCUGUUGUGUAUGACUUGACGGAUUAUCAACGUUCACGUGUAUCUUCGUUUCAACAAAACCCUGUUUUCAGUUUGCACUGAGAAGUUUUUUUAGGGUUAGAUCGUUCUUUUUUAUCACCGUAUGUCUGUUUUAAAAUAUUUGUAUUUUAGUGCACAUAUUUUAUUUGUGCACUAGUGCUGCAGAAAUUAAACUAUACAAAUAUAUUUAGGGUAAGGCAAAAGAGAUUAAGGUGAAUCACAGAUGAUGUGCUGUGGUCUGUAUGGUAAAAGAAUUGAGUGUGAUCACAAAUAAGAGCAUGCUAUCAUGAAAAGAUAUGCUAAAGAUACAUUAUCUGAUUAUGAUGUCAUUCUACACAACAUAAUAACAUCAAAGGUUGGCCUCAUCGAUAGCAGGUUAAAGGCAGUUAAUCUAAUUACCCCUGUCAAAGGAGUAAGAUCGGAAAAGUAUUCAUGAUUUCUGAGCACCUUACGAGUUUUAUGCACAUUUUGGAGGCUUUAGGUCACCAGAGGACAGACGCUGUAACAGUGAGUCUUAUUUAUUUACUGAGGUGUUCUAAGUGUUAUCAGUUAUCAGUUAUUUUACAACAUUAUUCUGUUAAUGAAUGACUGUGGGCUGCCCCAUACCAGUCAGUCUUUUGAUGUAAAAAAAAGAAAAAAAGAAAAAAAGUGUACUGGAAAAGAUGAUCGAUUGUUCAUUUACUUGAGAAAACCACCCCCAGUAAAGGUCAAUUUUAUGUCAUCCUUAAAAAAAAAAAGGUGUAACUUGUUUUAUUGGUUGGUUUUAUUGGCAAUGUCACAGGGCAGCCUUCAGGCUAUUUAGUAACCGCCAUACACAGUCGUGCAACCUUUUUGUGUUUUCUUGUCUUCAGUGCUGAUUCUUGUAACCUUUUUUUUGUAAUUCCCAGUGAUGUCAAAACCAUUUUUUCCCCAGUCUUCCUCUUAAAGUAGGCAGAUUUAAAUGCAGGUCUGUAUUUCCAGGUAUUUUCAUAAUAAUGCCAAUGUAAUUGAUAUAACUGACAUAACUAUUAACCAUACUACUUAACAUAACACACAAGUAUCCUUGUUCAUAGUAAGACUAAUAUUCUGAAACCUGCAUGUGGCCUUUACAGAGUCAUACUAGCUGUUUGUACAGCCUGAGCAUGAGCAUGAUAAUCCUGGACUGACUCCAGCAAACAUAACAUUCUGUUUGAUUUUAUUCAAUUGUAAUAAAACAAAGUCAUCAAAUAGCAAUCUGUAACCUUUUAAACACUUGAAUGUUCUCUUGCUCACACUAGAAUACAUAUUAUGUUAUGCUUACAUUUUUGAAUCUAAAUGUAUAAUGCAAACAAUGUGUUGGAAAACAAACUGUCCGAGACAUACUAUGCAUUCACUUUAAAAAAUAAUUACUUUAAGAGCAGGUUUUGGUGUUUUUAGAUC